CCGCUAUUAGAGGGGUUUUCAAAGUAUUUUGGAACAGAUUAUCGAAAGGAAGUCUAUCAGCAAUAUAUCAUCCGUUUUACACGAUAGCGCUUGAGAGGGGAAGCAAGUCCUCAUCCAUCUCUGCUAUAUAUUGACCAGAUUUUUGCUUAUGUUCUGGCAAGUGACAAUUUUUAAAGUAUGUUGUCUCGUACAUCUGCUCGACAACAACGUAUGCGUCAACAAACGCUAAAUGAAGAACGCAUUGCACAAGAUCAGUUAGGACCUAGAACAUCAAGUGAAUGUCGUUCAAAAGGAUCCAAGUUGAUUAUAAGUAGUCCAACAACAACGUCACAUCCAUCUCUUAAUAUUCUCCUCUCUGGAUCGCAAGCUCCAACGCAACAUAUAGAUGACACUUCAAAGUUAAGUAGUCAGUACAAUCGAGGAUUCGGAGCUAGUGCCCUUCUUGCUUCUUUAAAUGCAAGUGGUCAGCAAUAUCAAAAUACAGCAACUCAUCCAACAAGGUUUUUCCUACCACAUGAAGAUUCACAAUCCAUGGUGUCCAAUGUACUACAGGACAAAAGUAACCAACAACAGAAUUCAUCCCUUGAUAAUUGUAAAUCGUCUUUGAUUACAUCGACCGCUGGCGUUUGUGCUACUACGAACCAACACUUUGCGGAUAGUCGAAAUUCAAUACACUUAAUGACUGCUGCUAAUACUUCGAAUACUACUACUACUACUACUACCAUCACCAGUAAUAGUGGUAUUAAUGCUACAAACAAGGCAGUUAAUCAAACAUUACCUAUGCAUUUUACAGAACAUAGUCCAGCUCAACGUCAUGCACAAUCUCAUCUUCAUUCAAAACACAGCAGUUUUGAUGGCACAUCUCCGAAUACACAGAUCAAGUCUAAUUCAGAAUUGAGUGUGUUAGAAAUGGGAUCCAAUGAUUCACCUACCCCAUCUGAUAUGAAUUCUGUACGUUGAUUGCAUUUUAUAAUGAGUAUUUUUUUCCCCUUAGACUUACCUUCUUUUCUUCUAUAGAUUUAGUUGGAUUUUGCAAUCGCAAGUUAUUUUCUUCAAUAAUUUCAAUUCACUACUCAGUGUAUUGUAUAUAAUUGUAGUAUUAGUCGACUAAAUGAUUGAUUUAGCACAGAAGAAAACACCAUAUAUUCCACUGGUGUUUACCUUACCGAAUACGUGAUCAGUAGGAGAAAAAGAAAUUGAACGAUGAAUUACAAACAGAAAAGGCCGGUUGAAUCAUGUUUUGCAAAUAUCAUGGAAGAUCAAGGUAGUGAUAGCUUUGAUUUAAAUAAUAUUACACCAUCCAUCAAUCUCUCAUCAUCUGUUGGCGUGUCUGAUUCAACUAUUGAUUUUUCACAUCAAACCACUGAUUCUUCAGAACGACUACAGCAAUCAGUAACCACGACAAUGCCAAUAGUAACAAAUAAGUUAGAUUCACUUGUACAGAUUAGUCCCAUGGAUAUAAAUUCAAUUUUUCGCAAAGAAAAUACUAAAUCAAAUCGAGAUGAAGCUUGUAUGAAAGUUUCCUCAUCAUGUCCAGCUGUUGUACCUGAGGAUUUACAACAUGUGCUAGAUAGUACAAGUCCUGUACAAUCUGGAUCCAGAGCGCCACAGUCUGUGCUUAGUGAAAGCGGUAGCAGCCCAUCAGGCUGUAUGAAUAAUUCGUCCGAAGCUGCUGGUAUUCCAAUGAAUCAUGGUCCGUCGGGUGUAGGAAAUCUGUCAUCAUCUGCAGGAAAUCGAAGUGUAGAUGAUCAACGAGUGGCUUGGAUAAGAGAUCGAACAAAGAAGGACAGUCAUAACCGAAUUGAACGUAAACGAAGGGAUUAUAUUAACUGUCAAAUAGCUGAACUUGGCAGUUUGUUACCUGAAGACAUGUUCAGAGAUGGUGAUGGUAAAAAGAACAAAGGUAAUAUUUUGAAGAAUUCUGUGGAAUUUAUUUGUUUGUUGCGGUCAGAAUUAGCACAAAUACCUGAGGUUCGUCGAGAGACAAGUUUAGCUGCAAAAGUUAUCGGCCAGUUAGUUAAACGUAUUCAGGAGUUAGAAUCAAUUACCAAUAUGAGCUCAAGUCAACAGCAUAACAGUAGAAGUAAUUCUGAUUAUCAAAGUUUAUUACAAGAAUGGGUUAUGUUACAUGAAAAUAAUCUACAAAAUUCAAUGUCAAUAGGUACAAAUAGUUCACCUGUUACAAGACACUCUUUUCCACAGACAGAUACAGCUGGAAGCUCUUCACCAGGUUUAUCAUCUGUCGGUACAGAAGAAAUGAUUAACAGUGAUACAAAAGUGGCUUUUUCAAAUUCUGUUCCUGUACCGAUUGUUGGAUCCGCCCCGGUGCCAAGCAAUCCUUUAGGCAGUUGUUCUAGAAUGAAUUCGCCUAUUUCUAAUAUGAAUUUAGUAUCCCGACCUACUGCUGGCAGUGCUGUCACAGAUUCACCAUUAAGAUUAAUGCGUACACGGUGUACAUCUCUGACAGUGUCUUCAAUUGGCGCGAAUAGUUUAAGUGGUGAUGGAAAUAUGCCUGGUGGUGGUGGUGGUGGUGUUAGUAGUAGUAGUAGUGGUGGUAUACGUCUCCAUGGUUCUGAAUAUCAGCAGUCACAGGCGAACAGAUUACGAUCUCAGCGUGUAUUACAACAACAACAACAACCACAUCAAUCACCACAACUACGCAUUUUUCAACCAAAUAACCAGUCAGGAAUGUCAACUCAAGGUCCUUUACGCAAUUCACAAUUCCAGUCAAAACAUAUACCACAAAGUCAUUAUCCAUCAUCAUCUUUAUCUCCACAACAUCAUUUUAAUAUGCAGCGUCAAGUGAUUCCUUCACCUAGUGGGUUAGCUGUUGGAUCAAAUCGAAGUCAAGAGUUAAACAAUUCAUCACAUUGCCUUAGUGCAAGUUUACCGGUGAAUGUUAAUCCAUUAUUAUGUGGUCUACAGGAUCCUGAUAUUAGCGACAUAACCGAUGAUAAGUGUUCACAGAUGUAUUUAUUCGAUUCAUCGAGUUCAUUUAUUCCCCAAUUGAAAUCUGAACCAAUAUGUGAAACAGAUUCAGCUUAUAAUGCAAUGCAUUCAUUAGGUUUAGAUUUAUGUCAUGGUAAUACAGGGAAUACAAUUUUAGAACCAGUUACACAAUUUGAUCCAAUAAUUGCAUCUGUUGUUCAAACUGCUCAACAUCAUCCUCAACGACAGCAACAAAACCAACAACAACAGCAACAUCAGCAGUCACAGCAACAACAACAACAACAGCCUCAAUUGACACAUCAUCAACAUCCUACUCAUCAAUAUUAUCAUCAUCAUCAUCAACAACAACUGCAACAACAUCAGUAUCAUCAUCAACAACAACAACAUCCUUUGUUAAAUCAUCCUGGAAUGCCAUCAUCGAAGACACUGGAUUCAUCUACUCCACCUAUUGGAUUAGAUAUAGACGAUUUUCAAUUUGAUGAUGUCCCUAUGGAAUGAAUGAUGCUAAUGAUAAUAAUAAUAAUAGUAAACAUUAAGGUCAACAGAUUUUCAGAUUACAUAUAUACAAUAUAUAUGUACAUAUAUAUAUAUAUAUACUACUUAUUUUUAUUUUCUUCUAUUACAACUUUUCUGUGUUGUAUAUGUGACACACAUGCAACACCGUCAAUGAUGAAUAUAAUCCCCUUUUUCGGUUAGCUUUGUUCUGCUGUUCUUCUUGUCUCUUGUUAUUAUCGCCAUUAUUAUUAUUUCCAGUGCUGUGCCGUUUACAAUGCUCGCUUUCACAUUAGUCUUUAUUCUCUGUGUUUGAAUUUGUAUGUCAUGACUGUCUUUAAACAGGCACAUACACAUCCUAACUACUGUGUCUGUGUUUGUGUGUAAUAUAAGUGUUUCAUUGUUUUGUGUAGGUAUAGGCACAUAAUUUAGCGCCCCAUCUCAUCCAUGAGAAAAAAUGGAUAAGAUUUUUCUGUUUUUCUUCUUUUUUUAAAAAAAAUUAUAAAUAAAUUACGAAAGAGAAUUAUUGUAGCAUUUGUUUCCACCCUGAUUUUUUUCUAACAAUUAAAUAAAAUUACUUACAGAAACAAUUAUAUUAUCAGUCUAGUCGAAACAUUCAUUUUCGUUUUCCCUUUUAUUAAAUCUGUGCCUUUUUAUUAUUACUAUUACAUUAUUACUAUGGUUACUAUUUAUUAUUAUUACGAUUAUAUGAUUGUUUUUAUUAGUAUUGGGGUGAUAUACAUUUACAUAACUCCACAUCAUCUUUGUCUGCUUGUGUUUGUGUGUGUGCAUGUUUCCCUUCCUAAUCCUUCGGUAAUGGAUAAUGAAAAGAUGUGUUACAAAAGUACUGUGGCAACAUAACAAGCUACCAGAAAUUCAGAUAGAAACAUUCAUCCAUACUUUAUUGGCAUUCUUCAAUUGCUUCAAAGUGUAUUUUUUUAAAGGAGGGAACGUGUUUUCCUUUUGUCCACCAUCUUCUCUCUCUCACAUACACACAUAGACAUGCAGAUAAACUCCUAUCGAGUUCUAUUUCUUAAUGUGUUUAUUUGAUGUAUAUUCCAUUGAAGAAAACUUAACAAAAUAGGCUGCCAUUCCUUAUUUUGUACAUGUGUGUCUAUAGACACCUGCGCAUUGGUUAACAUUUUAUUUCAAUUUUCAUAGUGUACACAUAUUAUGCAUGCAUGCAUGUAUAUUUUAUGGAAAUCAUUAUUACUAUUUUGAUAAUCUCAUCAACGUAUCCCCUUUUAUUCGUCUCCUCUUGGAUAAUGAUACAAACGAGACAAGAUAUAUUUUUUAUUUUUGCUUUUUAUUAUAACAAAGAAUAAAAUACUCAUUUUAUAGUGAUCUUCAUUCAUACUGUGGUUGGUUUCACCAUCAUCAUCGUCAUAAUCGUGAUUAUUACUGUCGACGGUGGUGUUUUUUUUCUCUCAGACCCAUUCUCUCUCUCUCUCUACUAUUUUCACAAUAACUCCAUUGAUGUCUUUUUGGCAUGUUACUAUUCCCUCUCCCACCCACACACCCUCCUGAACUUCUCUGAUAGUUAUUCAAUCCUUCUACGCCAAUUAUUUUUUUCUCCAGUUUUCAUAAUGUUGCCAUAUAUACAUUGCCAAUUGUUUCUUUUAGGCUUUUUCCCCCUUAACGUUUUCUUUUUGUAGAUACUAUUUACUUAAAUAAAACGUUCAUUAUCCAAACAACUAUCACUUUUCUCUAUGCAUAUUUGGCCGAGAACAGAUUUGUUUAUCUGUUUGUCUGUGCGCGCCUGUAUUGUCUACGUUUGAAUAUUGAAAAUAUGAGAAAUGUGUGAAAUUAUUGUGCCAUGGGCUAGGCUGACUUAUUGACCACAUACACCUAUCCAUCCAUGUACUCAUUCAUUCACUCACUUUUUAAAUUCGGUUUAGUUGGCUCUGGUACUUUUUAGAUUCUAAGAGAAUUGAUUCAAAUAAAGAAAGUAACGAAUACAUUUUAUUCAUGUACUUCUUUUUAUAAACAUAUACUUUUGUUUGCUUUCAUUUUCCGGUUUUUGGGGGGAGGAGAGGAGAAGAAUUUAAAUAUUACUAUCCAGUGAAUCACUAUUAUCAUUGGCACCUUUGCCUCCAUUUGUUACACACACACACACACGCAUGCUCCUCGUACGUGAAUACGCAGAAACGCGAUUGUUGGGGGUGUUUUUUCAAAUACACAGAAAUUUUAAUCUUUCAGUCAGUGUUGUUGUUCUCCAUCCCUAUCUAUUCUUCAUUCCUUUGUAUUUCCCUCCCUCCCCCCACACACACAUAAUCAUGCCUGUGUAAUAGAACAAAUUAAAAAAAUUAUCAGUUAGUAAUGUUGUGGUAUUUUUCUUUUUUUGGCGUGUUUGUCUAACAGUUCUAUCAUCGUCAUAUAAUUAGAAGAAUUGUUGUUAUUUUUGGUUAACACAUUGUUCCCUUUCUUUCUUACGCAAUAUAUCUGCAUGUAUGUACGUAUUUCUGUUGACCCAUAUGGUUGUAUUAUAUAUAAUAAUUUGCAUUGUGUGUGUUGUGUGUAUAAGGUAAUGUUAAAAUUAAUUAGUUCAGUUUUUGUUUGCAGCAUAUCUACUCUCCAUUUUCCCGCUUUCCAUAGACGACAAGUGUCUGUGUGAGAGUAUCCCACUAACCACCACUACUACUUUUGAGUUUUCUUCUCUCCUCUGUAUUCUGUAUGCUUUCAAUAUCAUGUUAUAGUCACUAUUCAAUCCAUAACCGUUAUUGCCACAACCAUCUCUUUUCAUCACAGUGUUUUUCCCCUCAUUAUCUCAGAUCAUUGUGCUUUUAUUUGCAUGUAUGUGUGCGUGUGCGUGCGUGUAAUUUUCCAUCCAGCUUUCCUUGUUUAGUAUUAUUUUCUAUCUCAUCCAAACUUGUCUUCUUCCUAUUUUGUAAUGCCUCAUUUUCCGUUUGUUAUUUUCUUCUUCCCCUUUUUUUACUACUCUAAAAAUAAAUCACAAGCCAUAAAAAUAGUAGGAAAGUGUUUGAUUUUUAUUUUCUGUUGUUAUCAGCAUCAUUGUCACCAAUCAUCUUAUAACUUGUCAAAGUCGGAAUGCACACACAUUACGUUUGUACUUGAAAGUUAGGCCUAAUUUCUUAUUAUUAGUUCAGAUUUUGUUUUUAUUCUGUGAACAGCUUAGAAAUAAAAACUAAGUGGG